AUGCAUAUAUACGACCACAUCGUAUCACUCUGCGCUUUACGCGCACUUGUCGCAGAAUGUGCACCUACACCCUCAAGCAGCGGUUUAGACGUAAACCUCCCUUCCUCGAUCACUACAGGCAAUAUCACCAGCAACUCGACCGUCGCAUUGCCGUUUGAUCCUGCCCGCCACCCGAAAAUCAACUAUCGAUACAGACCCCUAUUACCUGGAUAUAAACAGCGCUUCCCAAUUGGACAGCUUGGCUACGCCUUAUUCGACAACAUCCACCAAGCAUGGCUAAACCGCAAUCCGCAGCCCUUAGUACAGAAAAAUCUCCAGAACUACUUUUUCCCAAACAUCCGCACGAAAUUCGCCUUACUUGAAGCCAGCCGCGCAGAAGGAUGGACCAGCCAAAUUCUGGGCUGGGUGUGCUUGGAUACGGUUGCGAGGCUUGUGAAAGAGGGCCAGGCGCAGCCCCAGGCGUCAUGGGAACUUCCUACGAUGGUGUUGGUGGGGGCAGGGUUGCAGACUUUGGGAGGGCUGGAGAUGACUAAUGAGCCUGGUCCGUCGAACCAGAGUGCCCCUAAAGAAAGUGGGAUGCUCGAUGUGUCGCUGCUUGACAGCGAUGCCAGACGCGUGCGUGCGCGUGAAGUAGCCAACAGUUCCCAAGACAGUCAGGAAGCGUCCAUGAAGAAUGGGGGUACCAUCGCCGAUCCAAAGAUAACGUACCUCGGUACUCGACAAGAGUUCACAGUGGUAUCGCUCAUUGAAGUCAUGGAUACAGCGCUGCGUAACAAUAUUUGGAAUCUUGAUGGUUGGGCUCCAAUCUCGCAGAAAAGAAGGCUAGGGGACAAGAUCAUCAUCGGUCCGACAAGUUUAGGAACAAUGCUCUCCAUAGAGUUUCUCAGUUUCCGCUCGGCCGCGUUAAGAAGAGAGGUCUCCUGGGGUGAUGUCUCGGUUGGAUUGAUGAAUCUGGGUGCCCAACUUGUGCAGGACGGCAAGUACGCAGCGUUCAAUGCUCAGAUAUUCAAUCAACGGGAUGGACAUGACGAUCCUGGCCCUUACCUUUCGGUGAGUAUGUUAGGGAAGGCCCAAGUGGGAGCGCCGGCGAAUCAGACGGCAGCGACAGCAUAG